AUGACUUACGACAGUUUCCUCCCAGGAAAUCAAUCAUGGAAAGAAAUUGCCUCCGAAAAGAGAUGUCGAAAUAUGGUCAAGACACCGAAGGAUUGGAUCUUGCCUGAAUCGGUGAUUAAGAAAAGCCAAGCAACACGGAGCAUCGCUGGGCAAUUCAUUGAGGAUCUUUUGGAUGAAGAGACACUAUCCAUCACCAAACUCGAUGUCCCGGAAAUUGUGGAGCGUACAAGUAAUGGUUCCCUUACCGCGGUGAAAGUCGUUACAGCGUACUCAAAGCGAGCUGCAUAUGCACACCAACUGUCAAACAUCCUUCUCGAAAUCGCCUUCGAUAUUGCACUUGAAAGAGCCAAGGAGAUUGACGAAUAUUUCGAGAAGAAUCAAAAACCCAUUGGUCCUCUGCAUGGAGUCCCUCUCACACUCAAAGACCAGUUCCACAUCAAAGGUCUUGAAACUUCCAUGGCAUUUGUUGGCUGGAUAGGUACUUUCGAGGGAAAGAAAGGUACUGGAAAAGAGAAGAAUACAGAAAGCGAAUUGAUUAGAGAGCUCUACAGCCUUGGCGCGAUUCCCAUCGGAAAGAUAAGUGCUCCUGAGACGAACAACAAUAUACUUGGCUACGCAUGGAAUCCGCAUAAUCAACUUCUCUCAACCGGCGGCUCCUCCGGUGGGGAAGGAGCAAUGCAGGCUUUGAGAGGAAGCGCAUUUGGAAUCGGAACUGACUUAGGGGGUUCUGUUUCCAUGCCUGCCUCGUUCAAUGGUGUCUUCAGUCUCAAGCCUUCAUUUAGGCGUAUCUCAUUCAAGGACGUGGCGAACACAGGUACUGGCCAAAUGAUCAUGCCUACCGUUGCUGGCAUCAUGGGCCACUCCGUUUUAACGCUUCGCCUAGUGUUCAAAGCACUACUCUCCACUGAGCCAUGGCUUUACGAUCCAUAUGUUCUUCAAGUUCCAUUCAGAGACUACUUUGUGGAAGAGACAAGCAAUCUUUCUUUCGGUUUCGUAAAAGAUGAUGCCGUUGUGACCCCGCAUCCUCCCAUUUCCCGCGCACUUGACAUCGUGGAGAAAGCUAUGCUAGCAGCCGGACACGAGACAAUUCCAUGGGAACCUCCCUCAGUCAACGAGUCGAUUGCUAUCCGUGGUCCUAUUGCUCGAGGUGACGGAUGUCCCGAUGUCUACGAGGCUAUCAAGCUUUCUGGGGAACCUAUCGUUCCGGAGAUUCGACAUUUGUUUCCCGAUGGAAAUCUACAGCCACCGAUGAACCUUGUAGACUACGAGAAAGUAGUCGUGCAUAUGAAAAGCUAUCGCCAGAGAUAUCAUGACUACUGGAGCUCUACGGCUAGCAAGACCAGCAGUGGUCGUCCCGUGGAAGCAAUUAUUCUUCCCGUCUCUCCUUACGCUGCCGUAUUGCCGGGCAAAUUCUUCCACUCGCCAUACACAAGUUUUAUUAACGUACUAGAUUAUACAACAAUUGUCAUUCCAAUCACGUUCGCCGACAAGAAAAUCGAUGUCGUGCCUGCUGAUUUCAUGCCGCUCACCGAUACAGAUCGAUUGAACAUGGAAGCGUAUGAUUCUGAGAUAUACGACGGAGCUCCAGCUUCCAUACAAAUUGUCGCGAGGAAAAUGGAGGAGGAGAAGCUUCUCGCAAUGGCACAAGUCGUUGUCGAUGCGCUGGAGAAAUACUGGCAGAGUGAAGAAGGAAAACGGCAUCCAGGUUGA